CGCCGCCAUUUUGUCUAAUCGUGUACAAAUGUCACUUCGGCUCCCGGACGUAGCGAUUAGUCCGCGUUUUCCCGCCGCCCCCGCAGCUCGCAGGGAGCAGUGGGGAAAACAAACGGGUUGAACGGAGGAAGAUUGGUAGCCGGUUGGAUGUGGAGGUUGUUUAGCGGCGAAUGAAUCGCUUUCAUGUCGCGGGCUGUCGUCGGGUGCUAAUUCAAAGUUUCCCCUUCAGUUUUCGGUGCUUUUCGGUGCGGUGUAACGGGACGCUGUUCGGAGUUUUUUUUGUUGUUUUUUUUUUUCGCCCUUCCGAGUAUGUUGCCGCUUUCUAACAUUUUGUCAGGGCUGUUGGAGCGCGUAGUCUACCCGCUGCGGUUUUGUGUUUUUCUCGACGUUGUUUACCGGUUAUAAUUCGACGUUUCAUGAUUUAAAUCCACCGGCUCGCCGGCUCUGAACACAGCGAGACACUUUUUAGACAUGCAUACGAGGCGUCUGGUGAAGCGCUCGAUCCUCGGCAGCCGCGUUUAUGCGCCGAGUCCGACCGGGGACGGUGCCCCGGUGACAGGAGUGGUCCAGGCUGUCAAGCAGGAAAACAGAGACGUCUCGGCCGCCGGUGCCCGGCGAAGCGUCUACACCGUGCUCAUGCAAGACGGGAGCCUGAAGGAGUUCUCCGAGGAGGAGAUAGCCGCCGGGUUCAACCACACCGCAGCCAAGGGACCGCUCAAGUCCAGCCUGAAGCAGAGCUCCACCAACGGGGCUCCAGACGGCCAGAAGAUGGAGGGCGGCUGCCUGAGCCCAGAGGCAGUGGAGGAGCAGCGGUUGGCGGAUGGCAAGCGCGUUAGCCGGGACCCCGACACCCGAUCAGUGUCCCUGCUAGAGCAGAAACGCAAAGUGGUCUCGUCCAGCAUUGACGUCCCUCAUGCCAGACGGUCGGAGGAGGAAGUGGAUAUGGACAAGGUGACGGCUGCCAUGGUGCUGACGAGUCUCUCCACCAGCCCGCUGGUCAGGAGUCCACCUGUCAAAGUCAGCGAGGGUCUGAGUGGUUCGUGGAAGGACAACGGUUCAGCAGGACCCUUCACCCCGUCGAGCAACAGCUCCUCAGGGGGCUACUGGAGCUGGUCGGCUCCCAGCGACCAGUCCAACCCCUCCACACCUUCCCCGCCGCUCUCUGCCGACAGCUUCAAGCCCUUCCGUGUGCCCAGCCUGGGUGGGGUGGGUCCUGGCCCGGCGGGACCUGAAGACCCCAGUCUGGAGGAGCAGGACGGCAGCAGUCUGCUCUUUGAUGAGCCAAUCCCCCGCAAGCGCAAGAACUCCAUGAAGGUGAUGUUCAAGUGCCUGUGGAAGAACUGUGGCAAGGUGCUGAGUACCGCUGCUGGCAUUCAGAGACACAUCCGCACCAUCCACCUGGGGCGCAACUGUGACUCAGACUGCAGCGACGGCGAGGAGGACUUCUACUACACAGAGAUCAAGCUCAACACCGACUCGGUGGCCGACGGGCUCAGCAGCCUUUCCCCCGUGUCGCCCUCCGUCCUCUCUCCCCCACCUCCUCCCCCGUCUCCUCUCCCUUCUCUCAGCCAGCUGCCGGACUCCCACAGACCCCAGCAGCCCUCUGACACCAAGGAGCCUCAUGCCGGCGGUACCACCCCGCUCAGCCGCUCUGCGCCCAGCGCUCUCUACCUCAUCCACACGGACCACGCCUAUCAGGCCACGGCUCCGGUGUCCAUCCCGUCCAGCUGCAGUAACUCGGCCGGCUCGGCCUCCACCAGCUUCACUCCCACCAACAGCUCCAGUUUUAGCAUCUCCUGGCAGUCGCCUCCCGUCACCUUCACCGGGACCACGGUGUCUCCCAGUAAAAGCCAGGGAUUCGGUGAACAGCGCUCCCAGACCAUCGCUGUGCUUUCAUCCCCUCCCAGAGCCACCACUGCCCUCAGUCGGAAGGUGCGCGGCGAGGGGAAGAAGUGCCGCAAGGUGUACGGGAUGGAGAACCGCGACAUGUGGUGCACCGCCUGCCGCUGGAAAAAGGCCUGUCAGAGAUUCACCGACUGAUCGCGCCAGCGCAACGGCCCGCCACACCAACAGGCGCUGCAGUUUUUUUUUUUCGCCAGAGAAAAUGCGGAAGUGGGGCAUCGAUUUGCAUGCGUUUGGUUUUCUUCAGCUCAAAGUCACAACUGUCCGUCAAGCUCUGGCUCUGCCUCCUCCUCGUUCUCGCUCCUCGCAGCUCCACUGAACCAUUCCAGCCGCGGAAGCAACCGAAGGACGGCAGAGUCACCUUUUACAUCGCCGUCCAGGAUUCCCAGUACAUUCCCUUCAUUCCCAGUUUUGGGGGGAUAAAAACCCCCCAGUGCAGCUAAACAGUGUAAAAGAAAAAAAAAAAUAGAUCUAAAGAUUUCUGCAGUUUUUUAUGUUGAGUUCAGUGUUGCAUCUUUCUAUGUUUUGUACAGCUCUGGUUUUUAAAUGGAAAGUCUAGUCAAAGAAGGGGUCCAGAAAAAAGGCCAAAAGCUUUUUUUUGUGUGUGUUUCGUCGAAAGAUUUAAAAAGAAAAAAACAAAAACAAAUCUUCACUUUUUUAUCCAAAAAGAAGAACGGGCCUCUUUGCUGAAGUGUUUGAAGAACUUUAUGAAAAAGCACGGAGGCAAAGGCUCGCAGUUUUUGUUCUUCCUUCAACUUGUUCAUCUAUUUGUUUUAUUUCUGGACCUUUUGAGGUGAUUUUUUUUUUAUAUCGCCACCAUCACGGCCUCUCCUGGUCCCUCAACCCUCCUGACAGCCCCGAGGGGAAUGUACGGCAGAGCCAGGAAGGGCUGGCUGACAGGCAGAAAGAAAGAAGGAGAGACACACACAAGGUGAAUGAUCAAUGCAAAAAAGACACAAUUUACAGUCAGGGAAAGUAGAUGGACCAUACCGGUGGAUUUACCACAGCACCCAACACAGACACAGGUAUUCCCACAGAAUCAAAGCAGAAAAUUCUGUCACUUUUUAUCCAGUUGAGUCGUUUUCUUUGUUUCAUCAGGGAUGUGAUUCUAAAGAAAGCAAAAACCAGCAGCUUAAACUUGUGGUUAUACUGUAUGCAGCACUAUCUCAACAGCUUCUCUCUUUCAUCACACAUGACAACUUUGCAACCAAAAACUCCUUUAUGUCGUUCUCUUAUGUUUUUGGUUUUUGUUAAGGUGCCAUGUUUAGUGUUGUUGAUGUAGUGUUUUGUUUUUUCUUUCUUUUCUUUUUUUUUUUUGGUGAAACCAAGACUGUUUACCUACCUGCUAAACAAAGUGUUUAAAGACCUUCCUGACAGCACUGGAAGCGUGAAGUCAGCCGCAUGUGAUGCCAUAAAAAAGAUCCUUCACCACUUACAGAGAGACACACUGCCCUCCUCCUGAUCCAACUCUUACACUGUCCUAAAGGGAGCAGAACAACUUUGUGUUUACGUAUCUUAAUGAUCUGUCAACCGAAGGGGGAGGGCCAAAAACCAAAAGUGAGGCACUUGCACUGUAUUUGUGUAACGGAGAACUUGGUGCAUUUGUGUUUAGUUUUAGAAAGUUUAAAAAUGUUUCUAUCUUCCACGAUGUCCUCUUUAACUUACCUGGGUACUAUAAAAAGUGGAACAUAUAUGAGCUCACCCAGAUGUAGCUACUCCUCCGUUUGAAAUUGUGUUUUGGAGAAGUGGCGGGGGAGUCGUAAGCACUUGAUUAGGUCACUCCUUUGUUGUUAAACGUGCACUGCACAUGUCACUCACUCGGCAACAUGCUAGAAGAGAAGUCCUUGUGAUCGGCACGUAAACCUUGUUACUGAUGAGUGUAAAAAGGAUGCGGUUUUCUGAUUUGUCAUUUGAAUUUCUGCCUCCUCGUCGGCUUAAUGGCAGGAAACGAAAUCACAAAGGCCAAAUAGUUUACACAUGUGGACCAAGUCUGUCGUCACCCGAGGCUUAUUACAAUGUUCUGAAACUGAAAGAAAUGUGUUCCAAGUGAAGACCAGCGUGUCUCCCAACAGGCACCGUGUUCUUUUGUUUCUGCAUUUACUCUGCAUUUCGUGGCGUUUGUUUGCAUGCGUGCUUCGUCGGCGUUCCCUGUCACACGCACUCACACAGCAGAUUUAUUUCAAACCAACACCAGCUAAUAAACUCACAAGCUCGCCCAUUUUAAAUAUAAAGUACUUCCGUACGCAAGAAUCGUAGCUCUUUUACGUUUGCUCAGCUGUUUCUUGUCUAUUCUUUUAGUUUCUUCCUGUAUAUAUGUAGUUGUUUUUUUUUUUUUUCUUGACCAGUUCUUUUGGUCGUUACAUCUGCCACCUUAUGAACACGACAGGUCUGAGUGUGACGUUUGCGUGAGGAAAUAAUGUACUGUUGAACCUGUCAGGCUUCUGUUGUUCUGAGUCUAGGGAUAGCCUCACAGUCACUCUUUGUGCUUCUUCUGUGUCAUUACAUUGAUGUUUCAGUAAGAAAUAUUUAGAUGAUCUCCAAACUGAUUUGCCCUUGUACUAUGUGAACAUAUUAUUGUUUAAGAAAAGACAAAUCUAUAUAAGAAAAAGAUUUAAAUUCAAAGCAAAAAAACAAAAAACAAAA